GGAGCUCCGCCUCCAUAGAGAAACGUCACCAAAAAACGGGUCAAAGGCAGCACCGGAAGCAUAGUGGAGGCAGCUUGGGAAAGGACCAUGGCGUCAGACUCCAUCCUGGCGUCGAAGCAGGCGGAGGAGGUGGUCCAGGGCGUCCCAACGCAGGUGGUCUGCACGGCCUUUGGGAACACGAUCCUGGUGGUGGUGACCCAAUACGGGAAGAUGGGGACCCUCGUCUCGGUGGAGCCCAGCGUCAUGGCGGACAACCUCAGCCGGCCCCUGCUCACCACCAAAGUCCUGCUCGGCAAAGAUGAGCCUCUGGUCCACAUCUGUGCCAAACAUCUGGUGUCCUCGGUGUCUCAAGAAGCCGGGAAUAAGCCCAUUCUGCUAGCCAUGGCCUUGAAGGAUAAGAGCAUCGAAGGAGUCCAAACCCUCCAAGAGGUGAUUAGUCGAUGCCGGGUGUGGUGAGACCCGAAACUCCACCCUGAAAGACUUUCUCCCUUUGGGAAUAGACCUAUACAUACAACCUUUGCAACCAACCUCUGCUCUUGGACUCAUCUUCACCCUGUAGUAACAUUUUUAUUUUUAUUAUUUUACUAUUAUUUUAGACAUUUUUUUAAAAAAAAUGAGAUGCUAGGACACAAAAACACCUGGGCGAAACUGGAAUACUACAGGUUUUGAAACCACAAUUAGCCUGUAAUGGAAUAAAGGACUUUGCAAAAUCUC